UGCAGUGCAGUGAUGCACCGUAGCGGCGAAUGAAUUCGAUCAUCUAUUGCUGGUGGCAACUGGCAAGCACCUCAAAUGGCCAGGAGAUAAAAAAGGCCACCUAAGCCAAACUUUCAGAACAAGCAUAUUUUGCGACGCCGGUCCAGCCAUUUUCAUGGUCUUUUGCUUUAGGUUUCUGCCUGGUGCAGUUGUUGGGAAACCAGGGAGCGAGCAAAGGGAAACAAAGUAAGUUUUAUUUUUCUUUUUAUUUUUUAAUAGUUGUAAAAUAAGGUGGAAAUUGUAACUAUUUGAAUUUUUUUAUUUUUAUAUUGGACACGUCACUCAUUUAACGGUCAACUAUAAUAGUUGACUGUCACAUCAGUAAAAACUAACGGAGAGUGACCAAACUUGAACUAUUGAACUAAUCUUAGUGACCAUGAAUGGAAUUAAAUAUUUGCAGUGACCAAACAUGAACAAUUUUAGUAAACCCAGUGACCAUCCUUCCAAUUAAACCUAAAAAAUUGUAAUAUAACUUAUUUGUACAAUUUGAUAAUUCUACUUUCAACUUCAGACUAGUUGGAGAGACGUAUGGAAGAAAUAUUCAUUCUACUAACAAGACACGUCCCUCCCAACCCAAAGCCCAUCAUGUGAGACUCAUGACAAAAAAAAAAAAAAAACCAAACAAAAGAGAAGAACUCUGCUGAAUCAUUGACCUUAUCUUAUCUCCAACUCCAAUCCACCCAUACAAAUAUAAUUACAUAUAUAUAUAUAUAUAUAUAUACAAGGAGGGAGAGAGCCCCAAAUCGAUUUUGAUCAUCCUCUACCAGCUACCAAGAUCUACGUGUCACAAAUUGCCUUCUUCGUGGAGGUAUGUUCCAUAUGGUUUCCAUUUUCUUCUUUUACCCCCUUUUUUAUUUAUUAUUUCAACGGCGUCAAAUAGGAAACCAGUUCUGUAUGUAGUAUAGAGAAUUCACCGUCAAUGUAGAAAAUUCGUAUUUAUAAACGGCUUAUUGCAUCUCUAACGAAAGUGAUUUCACCGAUUUGUACCUCGUCAAAUUAUAGUAGCAUAAUGAAUCGUCGGUUGGGUGUUUGAGUUACCAAGUAUUCAUCUGCAUACAUCUUGUUUCCUCCUCCUCUUGAGAUGUGAUAUUGAUUUAUUAGAGAUUAUUUGGAAGGAAAAGAAAGUGAUGGAUAAGAUCAUUUUCCAACUAGACUUGCAAGAUUUCACAACAAAAUUAAUGGAAACAGCCCAUGAGCCAUGAUCUACGAUGCCCCGGGCCCGUUUACAGCCCAAGGCCCAAUCUCCGCUCCCUUCGUGGCCAACCGUUAACCAAAUCACCCUCCUCAAUCGUCCUCAUAGGAAACAGACAUUCCCCUUUUCUUCUCUUCACAAAUUACAUAAUUUGAAGCUAUACGUUUUGUAAUGGAAAGACACUAAACUAGAGAGAAGAAAGAAAAGAUGGUCACUUAACUACAAUGACCUCCCCAAAGCAAAUUGAACGUCGCAACAAAAACCGAAGAAGUUGAGUGUUGUCGUUUAUCUGGGGAAGGAAGAGAGGUCAUAAAACCGCCAAUUGUUCCCACUUCAGCCCAUGCAAAAGCUUAGGCAAAGGACACGGGACCGCCGAACUUGACUCACUCACUGCAUCCAUCAUCUUGUCCUUGUGUGGUGCUUAAAUGCCAGGCAAAACUCCCGCCCACCUGUAACUGUGCUAAACCCCCAUCCACCAUUCCAUUUCCCAGAUCGCUUUCUCUUGGGUGCAGUUAACUACCACUUCUCAAGGCCAUGGAGGCUCCAGCGAACAUCACCAUCAAAGGGAUACUGAGCCUGUUGAUGCAGAGCAUCGACGACGACGACGACGACUACAUGAAGAAGAAGAAGAAGAGUGUGAUUUCGCUGGGAAUGGGCGACCCUUCUGCUUACUCUUGCUUCCAGGCUCCUCCUGUUGCUUCUCAUGCUGUGGCGGAGGCUCUUCACUCUCACAGGUUCAAUGGCUACUCCCCAACUGUCGGACUCCCCCAGACUCGAAGGGCGAUUGCAGAUUACCUAUCUGGCGAUCUUCCUUAUGAUCUAUCUUCGGAUGAUGUCUUCGUCACGUCUGGAUGCACACAAGCCAUCGACGUGGCACUAGCAAUGCUUGCUCGCCCUGGUUCGAACAUAUUGCUUCCAAGACCAGGUUUCCCUAUCUAUGAACUCUGUGCAGCCUUCAGGGGGAUCGAAGUUCGACACUUCAAUCUCUUGCCACAGAAUGGCUGGAAGGUUGAUCUUGCUGGAGUUGAAGCCCUUGCAGAUCACAAUACUGUGGCAAUGGUGGUGAUCAACCCUGGGAACCCUUGUGGGAAUGUCUACUCCUAUCAACAUCUGAAAGAGAUUGCUGAAACUGCUGAGAGGCUCAAGAUACUCGUAAUUGCUGAUGAAGUGUAUGGUCAUCUUGCCUUUGGGCGUAACCCAUUUGUCCCCAUGGGAGUUUUUGGAUCCACCGUGCCUGUUCUCACGCUUGGCUCUCUCUCGAAGAGAUGGAUCGUGCCAGGGUGGCGACUUGGUUGGUUCGUCACUUGUGAUCCCUCUGGCUCUUUUAGAAAACCAAAGAUGGUGGAGCGAAUCAAGAAGUACUUUGACAUAUUAGGAGGACCUUCGACAUUCAUCCAAGCAGCAGUUCCUCGUAUUCUGGAGGAAACUGAAGAAAUUUUCUUUAAGAAAACAAUAAAGGUGUUGAAGCAAACUUCAGAUAUUUGCUUCGAUAGGGUGAAGGAGAUUCCAUGCAUCACAUGCCCUUACAAGCCGGAAGGAUCCAUGGCUGUAAUGAUGAAAUUGAAUCUCUCAAUACUGGAAGAUAUCAGUGACGACAUAGAUUUCUGCUUCAAACUGGCUAAGGAGGAAUCUGUUAUCAUUCUUCCAGGAACUGCUGUGGGAUUAAAGAACUGGCUUCGAAUAACAUUUGCAGUUGAUCCGGAGUCGCUUGAAGAGGGUUUAGCGAGGUUGAAAUCCUUCUGCAAAAGGCACACCAAACAACAGCUAGGGAGUUGAGAAGAUUAAACAUGUUCUUUCCCUCUAGCUAUUUCAGCAAACCAAAAAUUUUGCAGGUACAUUGCAAAUACAAAUGAAUGUCGACAAGUUCAGAAAACUCUGUUAGAAUGAUAGGCAGCUUGCAGCUGGCUCAAAUAUAUUCAGUCUGUGUACAGACCUCCAAGUUACAGAAUUGUUAAUAUAGGAGAAGUUCUUACAUGUUCUUUGUUGGUUAUAUUAUAUACCCAAAGUUGAGUGUGUACUAUAGACUUGUCCAUCUUAGUGAAAUGAAGUUGCAAGAUUCCACUUGGGACAUAUUUCACGAGUUUAGACUGAAAAUUUAAUCUUAUUUAUGUUGCAUUGAUUCCAAACCUUACCAUGUACUUGGUGCUAGUGUUUUAUAUUUCGAAUGACAAACUUGAAAUAAAGUAAUGAUCUUGUG